GUAGCAUUCAGGGUGGCUUUUCAUUUUCAAUUGAUUUGUCAUCGAUCUACAUAAUUAAUUUUGGAUACUUUUUGAUAAACAUCAGCUUAAUCAGGAUUGUUGCAGAUUCUUUUGCCCGUCAUUUGCCAAGAGACAAAUUUUGACAAUGUCUGAUCAAUUCUGCUUCAUAAUCCUUGUAAUACUCAAGCUAAUAGCUCUAGCGAGAUGUCGCAGAGUCUUCAAAGGUACAUGCGGUAGCGAGGCAACUUUUUACCGCAUUGCAAAUGAUCAUAUACUCGAUGAAGAACCAAUUGCAAAAAACGUCACCAGUGAUUUGGUAGAAUGUAUGGACUUGUGCGUCAACGUUGCAAAAUGUGUGGCAAUGAACACACAUAAACGCACUGAUAGUAAGAUCGACUGCCAUUUGCUGAAAGACGAUCAUAUGUCUAUGCCAAGGAAGGUAACUGCAAAGAAUGGUUGGAAUCUUUAUGAUACAGGAAGUAAAGAAAUAUCGAGAAAGGUUGGCAGCCGAUGCUUGAAUCUGGAAAGUAAUCCGUGUCCCGCUCAUUGCACGUGUGUAGAUACCUGCGAGAACUACCGAUGUGACUGCUAUGGACCAGAAAUUUUCAAAACAUGCAGGGAUGCAUUGAAAGUAUCUCCUGGCAGCAAUGCUUUUCACUGGAUAAUGCUAGAUGGAUUGGCAACGGCUGUCUACGCACAAUGCGUCAAGAACAGCGAUCUGACAUACUCCGCACUCAUUGAUCAUGACAGCGAGGCUAGAACGAAGGUCAAGGGAUAUGAAGCGGCCGGCUCUUACAUUAGGAAAAUCAAUUAUCCCAUCAAUACACUGACAGACAUUAUUGCAUUUGUGGAUGCGCUUGGCUCUUGCAGACAAUUUACAAAGCUUGAAUGUGUAGACAUGAUUUUGGAACGCCAUGCUUGGGCUGUUAGCCGCAACGGUACAAGACUUGACUACUUUGGAGGCGGCCCUGCUGGUGGAGUCGGUUGCGCCUGCGGGAUUACUGGCACUUGCUCCCUCAGUUCUAAAAAGUGCAAUUGUGAUGAAAAUACUUCUUCGAAGCACCUUACAGAUGAAGGAUAUUUCAGUGAUUAUACCAUACUUCCUUUGACAAAAAUAAGGCUCGGAGAUACAGGCGGUACGGGAGAGGUUGGUUAUCAUACGAUUGGAAAGUUGGAGUGUUUCGAUACUUUUAAGUCGUGUUCUGAAGCCAUCCAGGAGUAUCCGGAGGGUGGACCACGAUACUGGAUAAAGGCGAACGGAGCGGGUCCAGCUUCAUAUGUGACAUGUAACGCUUAGAGCAAUUGGAUUAUACUUUGUAUAACAUGAACGAUCUUGAGUGAUGUCUGCAGUUGGAAAACAUAUUCAUUGCACUUUUAAAGAUAUUAUGAAGCAGCAUAAAACAAGCACCUAUUGUUGAACUUCUCUCCACAUUUGAUUCGUUUUCUUUUAAUUCAUCGUUUGACGAAAGGCUAUUUCUUGAUAGUUUUAUUACUAAAUACAGAAAUUUCAUUAAUUUUAUUUGCAUUAUAUGUUAAUGUCAUUUACGGCUCUGCACAGCAUAUUUGGAUAUUAAGAUAGUUUAUAAGUUAUUCGAUUGAAAUCGGACAUAUUAUCAGAUAUUGCCUGUUGUUCGCUCUUGAUUUAUCAUUGGAUUCAAUAUUUCAUUGUACUAAUAGGACGCCAAAAGUUGUUGUGAAAGGAAAUUAAAUGUCCUCUAGCAAUGUCCUCUUUGGUGCUCCCCAUGGCUCGGUCCUUGGCACUGUACUUUUUAGACAUGAUCCAACCAUUAACCUUUUUGCAAGUGACUGUGCACUUUAUCGUACGGUUAAGUCGAAAAGUGAACACGAUCAAUCAAUAUUUCUAUUGAUCUCUUUACUGGAAAGUGAAGCUUAACGUCUGUCUGUAACGCAAAAUACGUCAUGCAGAAUAAAUAUAUUUGAUUCUGAAAGCCAUUCGAGAUGUUCAGUUUGUCAAAAUACCAUAGUAUUUAUAUCUUCUUAGUAAUAAACCUGUUCAAGGGAGUCAACACUAGAGUAUCUUGUUCUUCCGCAUAUAAGGUAUCUUUGGACAGUCUAGUCCCACGUACUACGGAACUUAACAGCAGAGUAUAAGUGGUCCAAAGAAAUUCUGUUUGCUUUGUAACGGAUAACUUUUUCCAGAAAAUUUUGACUAUGUUUUUCAAUCAGCCCAUUUAGAGCUAAAAAAGUCUAACACCGAAAAAUCGCCACAAUUUGUUUAUAAUAAAUUCUGUCAAGUUAUCUUUUUUCUUUGACAGAAUACUUAUUUUGAUUGAUUUUUAGACCAGAUGGUGUAACAGUGCCUUUUUUGACUAGCGUUCCUUUUGUCUCUGUAGGUAGAAUUUAGGCCAGAAUAAUUUUGAGGUCAAAUUUAGGCCAGAACCAUUUUCCUUGAUGCAAGUUUCUCCAAUUGUCAUAAAAUUCAAGAUUUCUCAAAAAGUAGGUUUUUAAUUUUUACGUAAGAUAAGUAGAUUAUUUUCGGUAUCAAUUUCUCAAUUCAUUCAAUUUUUCUGCAAGAUCUAAGUUAUUGAGCGGUAUGGCAAGCCCUGUAAAUUUUCAAGUUACUUAUAUUUACUGUUUUCUUUUAGAUGAAAGUAUCCAUAUUUCGAUAAUUUUGAAGGACAAUUGACUUCAAACCCCAAUUUUUUUAUUUGAUUCUCUUAUAAUGAAAUUAAAAAGUUAUCGUUUUCUUACAGGGCCGUUGGAACGAGAUUUAGCCCCCAUAUUAAAAUGCAGACAUGAUUGAAUUCUUUUGUAUUUUCAAAUAGUAUCGACCGCUGCAAAAUAACGAAAAUUGAGUUUCACAAUUUCUGACAAGAAUUCUUUCAAUUUUUUCCAGCUUCGAUACCCUUAAGAAAUGUUUGUUUUUGAGCAUGAAAAGAUAAAUGAAAGUUUUCUUAUUUUUCAAACCUAGUAUGGUUAUGGGGUAAUAUCAGCCACCCCUCAAAUCGAAACCAGGUUUCAUAAGAAGCUAUAUAUGUUAGUCAUUUGUUAAACAAGCAAAGCAGGCAACAGCUAAAAAAGGAGAAAAAAUUAUUGGAGUUAUGUCUAAGCUAAAUUCUAAUAAUUUUUUUAAAUAUUGGAUGAUACUAACCUGAAUAUUCUUUUAAACAAAAUUCUUGUAAAAAAGUGUAUCAUGAUAUAAGUAAUUGAAAAAUGUUCUCAUAAAAAAGAAUAUCUUUGCACACACUUUCGUUAUGAUAAAUUUGGAGAAACCUAAUUUAUGCUACAGUUUUCAUAACUGCUAAUUUUCUCACUGUUGAUCAAGAAUAGACUAAAUGUCUUGGUCGGAAAUUUUUGACACUGCAAUGAGCCUAAUGACGGAGGCCAUUUUGAGAUUUUAUGUCCUAAGUCAUUAUAUUGAUAAUUUUCCAAUCUGUUGCGAUAUUGUUUAGAGACCAAAUACUGCCUAAAAUUAGCCGAGACAGACAGAAUUUCAUCAAUUCAUUGAAUGAAAAGACCAAAUUCGCUACGAAAACCAUGGAACUAAAGUCCCUUAUUGGCAUUCAUGAAGCAGCCAUUUGAUAAGAUCCUGUGAGUUUGCCAUUUGUAUAAGGCAAUACAACUCUUUUGCUUAUUUUGCUGUUAUAUACAGAAAACUGCAAGACUCCAAUGCUUUUCCAGAAUUGAAGUGUCUUUUAACCACAUUUUGGGGAUACAUAGGCCGAUAAUGAGAAAAAGGACUGUCCACAUCUGAACAAGUUUAAGUUCCAAUGAAACGCCAUAGUUCUUUUAUCGAAGGUGUCCCAAUACUUUUUGACGUAAUUGUACAUAAUAUUACAUUUUGCAAGGCCAGAAAUGGUCAUCUUGGCUCUCCGAUACCUAAAUGUGUUCUUGCGAAUAAAUUUGUACACUUACGUUCAAAAAGUAUUGGGACAAAUUCGAUAAACGAAUUAUGGCGUUGCGUUGGAUUCGGUUUUGCAACGGAAACUUUUUCAGAUUUGGGCAGUCUUUCUCCAAGUAAUCUAGGCCUACGUAUCCCCAAAGUGGAAUAAAAAGUUAAGAAAAUGCUUCAACUUAUAAAGCAUAACCUUGAAAACAUAGGAUUCUUCAGAUUUUCCUGAAUAUAACAACAAAAUAUGCAGAAGGGUCGAAUAGCCUAAUAACAGCAAAGUCACAUGACCUUCACAAAAUUUUAGAGAUGUCCAAACAAAUUCAACUUUUUAAUUUCACGUUUGCAUAACAAAGAAAUUUAUAAAAGAAAUUACAAAAUCAAAAUUUUAUUCUUCAAAUAAAGUUUGCUACAUCAACGAAAAUGCUACAAAUUUAUUAAAUUAUUGCAUUUACUCGAGUCCAUUUUGAAACUGCGUAACAUUCAAGGAGAAUCCAUUGUAUUCGUCAGCGAUGUUUAAUUUUUGUUAUGAGAGAGCAUAUUUUUUUCUAUAAAGCUGAAAAAUUUGUAUUUUUUCAUGAUUUUUAUAGCCAUAUUUUUGCUUAUGUUCCAACAUUUAGCUUCUUUUUACAUGACAACACAAUUUCUAGUAAGGAUUCAAACCUAUUACUUCGCAGUUCCCUCAGUAAAGAUCUUCCGUCCCACGGCGUCGUAAACUUCUUCGGUCUGCCAUCCCUUGGUAAAUUUUUUUCUGAUCUUGUACGGAAAAUCUUUUUACACACCAGAAAAGCUGCACUCAUUGAGCACCCGACAAUUGAUGCAAUUUAACGAAAUUCAUUUGCUUUAUUUUA